AUGCUCGGGCGGGUGCUGGUGCGCUUUCCUGCGCGUCUGCCUCGCUCUCUCCCUCUCCUGCAACCCAAUCAUGGCCUGAAGCCGAAGAUCUCCAUUAUACUGCCAAUUCGCACUUAUGCCACACCAGGCAGACCCAAGAGUGUUGUGGGCGAGCCAUCGCGUCCGGUGAAGCGCAACGUCAAGAAAGGCGCUGCGAAGCCACGCGAUGCAUCGAGUGCUGCCUCCAAGAAGCUUGCCUCCAAGAAGCUUGCCUCCAAGAAGCGCACAACGACUAGAGCAAAGACACCAGAGCAAAAAGCGGCGCAAGCGGAGAAGCAGGCCGCACAGAAGGCGGCAUUGGCAAAGCGAAAGGCUGCGCAGAAAGCAGCGAGCCAAGCGACCGCAGAAAAGGAGAAGCUUCAGGAACUGAAAAAGGCCGCGCUUGAUCCUCCGAAGCAGAAAACAGGUGUGAACGCCUACAUCACCUUCUUCGCAGAGAAGGCUGCGGGCAGUUCAGUGAGCGACAAAGUCAAUUUUGCCGAGAGGUCCAAGAACAUCGGUGCUGAAUGGAAGAACAUUUCGGCUACAGAUAGAGAGCAUUACAACCAUUUGAGCCACACCAAGGCUGCAGAGCAACAAGCCACCUUCAAACGCUGGGUAGAAUCGCACACUCCUACUCAGAUUCAGAAAGCGAACGAAGCUCGUGCUCAGCUUCGAAGGAAGCUGCCUUCUCAGAAGCACAAAUGGGCCAAGAUUCCAGACGAGCGCGUCCCCAAGAGACCAACAGGUUCUUUUGCGCAGUUCAAUACCAAUCGUCGACACAGCGGUGACUUCCAAGGCAUCAGUCUCUCCGACUCCACAAAGCUGCUCGCGCAGGAGUGGAAGGCAUUGAGCCCGUCCGAAAAAGAGAAAUACGAAAAGAUUUACAAAGAUGACCUUCAGCGCUACGUCUCUGAAUACAGCACUGUAUUCGGACACCCUCCAGCCAACAGCGGUGCUAGCGAGGCGACUGCAGCUGCAUAGAUUCGUGAUCUUCGAAUCUGGUGGUUAUGAACGGCGCGUGCGAUCGGGACGCGGGAUGGAUUGAGGGAGGUGCUUUGUGUGGUUCACUAUGUUCUCGCGACAUGAUCGAUGAGCUUUGUAUAUGUGCGGUGGAUGAAUGAUCAGCGCGCGGGCGGUGAAUCGCGAGGACGGACUGCGUUUGCUCACGCCAAGGCAAGAAUCUUAAUGUCAAGGAGUGUGCUCUCUUUGUGUAUAGCCACCAUGGAGCUUUUUAUGCGGUAGCUCUGUAAGACAAAUGACACUAUAUUGGUUGCAAGCAAC